AUGUCUACAACAAAUGACUUUCCAAUAGUGUUAGUCAAGAAUCUUCCAUAUGAUGUGUCAACGAAAUCCUUAUAUGAAUUGGCAGGGAAGUUUGGCAAUAUUCACCAAAUUAGAAUACCAGUUGAUGAACAAAAUAAGGGCACUUGCUUUAUAGUGUAUAAUAACCUAUCAAACGCAAUCAAGGCAUCCAAGAGUUUAAACGGUAUAAAUUUCCAGGGAAGAUACCUCGUUAGCAUGCAUUACUCGGUUGAUAAAUCGAAAUUAUCCGAAGAGGACUUCAAGUAUCGUAAGGAACAAUUAGAAAAGUUAAAACUUGAGCAUUCUAUAUAG